CUAGUCAACAUAUUAGGGGUUAGAAGGGGAUUUGUAAGACAGCUUGAUAGUGUAUCUCUCUGUUACUUGAGGCAGGGAUGAUUUAGUGAUGACUGCAAAGUAGCAAUGGCUGCAAAGUCAGUUAAUGAAAUAAUUUCCUUCUGGGGUUCUGAAAAAGGAAACGGUGUAUCAGUGAUAACUCUGCAGUGAAAUCUUAAAGAUUGACUUCCCCUAGCUUGUUCUGCUCUCAGUAAAUGCUCAGUUUUCCACAGCUUUCAGUUUCUUUGUUGGAUGGGAUAGGUAAAGGACAGUCUUAGCGUUCUCUUCUUCAGAAAGACACAACAUUGUGUUAUCUGCAACUGUGUUGGAAAAGGGGUUUCUACAUUGGUGAAGGUAUACUGGGCAAGUGUUGUCCUGAAAGCUGCUUUUAGGAUGUCUGAAGAUGAUGAAAAAGUUAAACUCCGUCGAAUUGAACCUGCCAUUCAGAAAUUCAUUAAAGUGGCAAUUCCAACAGAUUUGGAAAGGUUAAGAAAACACAAAAUAAAUAUUGAGAAGUAUCAAAGAUGCAGGCUCUGGGACAGAUUGCACGAAGAGCACAUCAAUGCAGGACGAACAGUUCAGCAACUCCGAGCCAAUAUGAGAGAGAUGGAGAAACUCUGUUUGCGAGUCCGACAGGAAGACAUCCCAGUUCUACAGAGAAUGAUAAAUCCAGUUAAAGAGGAAGCUUCAUUUGCCAUAAAAGACUUCCUACAUCUCCAUUCUGAAUCUGCAGAAGAACUUAAAAGGCAAUUCGAAGGACAGGAGGAUACUUCUUUAACCAGAUCUGCAACUGUAGGAGGAGAAACUUCAUAUAACACGGAAGUGAAGGAUGGCUCCCAAAGUUUAAUCCAGAUUUACUCCUGCCUUCCCCAAAUACCUCAGGAAGAAAAUGCAGCUGAGUCCUGGGAAACUUUAGAAGGGGACUUGAUUCAGCUCAGCCAGUUGGUGACCGAUUUUUCUCUCUUAGUCAGUUCUCAGCAGGAGAAGAUUGACAGGAUUGAAGACCAUGUCAACAGUGCUGCUGUGAAUGUUGAAGAGGGAACCAAAAACUUGGGGAAGGCUGCAAAAUACAAGCUGGCAGCUCUGCCUGUGGCAGGUGCAGUCAUUGGUGGAGUGGUGGGGGGUCCUAUUGGUCUCCUUGCAGGCUUCAAAGUGGCAGGAAUUGCAGCUGCAGUUGGUGGUGGGAUUUUGGGUUUCACAGGUGGAAAACUGAUACAAAGAAGGAAACAAAAAAUGAUUGAGCAGGUCUCUUCCAGCUGUCCAGGGCUUUCUUGCCAAAGUGCCAAAAAAUCCAGCUGAAGUGGAGAUUCAUUUUGACUAGGAACAAAAGUGUAGUAGCUGUGCUGAUUACAGACUUGCAGCCUUGUGCUUUAAAGACAAGGCUGAGUUGCGUGAAUUUUGAUAACAGCACUGUUAUUUGGGAGGGGUGAAACGGUUCUGUCCGAAUUUCUCUUUUCAGAUGUGAUAAGUGACACCGGUCCUUUAAAAAUUAUACGGAUAACACUUAAUUGUAAGAUUCUUAGGUGAGCUGUAGGCACAGCUGUACUGACGGGUGACAGGUGCUUCAUGCUAAACUUGCACAAAGUGUCUUGCAGACAAUACAGAGAUAUUUGGAAAACCCUAGUGCUUUCCUGUGGACACCACCCAGAAGCUGGAACUUCUAUUAUAGAGCUCCAAAGAAAAGAAAAUAAGGUCCAUCUGUCUUUCAUGGCCAUAGUACUUUAAGUUUACUUUCAUUUAUCUGGAUUCCCAAACUCCUCCUGUGUAUACCCCCAGGACGUGACUGACUCUGCCUGUUCAAUAACGAAUGUGCAGGGAAGCGUUAGUUGCCAUAGGAAAAAAGGUUAAAAUGUUGGCUGAGCAAGGUAGAAAAACAACUUCUGUACGUCCCGUGCCUGCCUCCGUCAGCCACAUCCGAGCACAUCAUAAUCAGCUUUUCCCCCUUUUCAGGUUACUUCUUAAAAAAAAUUUGUAACCCUCUCAUCUUGUGCAAAGUAUAGUUAGGAAUUAAACAGUCUAAGCAACAACCCUGCAGGACUGCUACUGGAGAAUGCAAUUUUCCAUGGCUGUUCAGCUCCUUGGCUUGUCCUGAGAACACCGUACAAGAUGAAGUGACAAGCUCUGGCAUUCUGAGCCCUGACCUCAGCUUACUUGAGCAGUGCUUGCUGCUAGCUGUUGCCCUUGCUCCUCAUCUCCUGUCACCAGCAGCGCUCUGGGGGGAGAGCUGAAGAGCUUCCCUGGAAGGUGGUGCUGCAGCCGGGCCCGCUCCCUCAAUAGCUUUUGUUAUCCCUCGAGGCACGAGGUCAAAGGAUGGUGAAGCAGCGAGGGCCUUUAAAUGGCGCCGGUGUCAGCUGACAUCCCCAGACGAUGGGCCUGUUUGGAAGAUGCCAACCUGAGCCUGUUUAUACUAAGGACACCAUGCUUGCUUGGGUCCCCUGCACCCCUCCUGCACACCGUUCAGUUAUGAAACUUCUGCUUCCACCCACACAGUAGAGUCUCUUCUCGGCCUUUUCAAGAUUUUGGGAGAUGCUGUGGCGCCUGUACAGGGUGAGACACUGUUAGUGCUGUUGCUAGCUUUUUAUAGCUGAUGCCGGUUAUUCACACCAGCCUUAUUUUGCUGCUUUAAGAAGCCUUUUGCUACUGAAACUUCCAUUGUUAAAUACAGGAGUAUUUAUAAUGGUGUUUUAUUGCCACAUCAUCUGCUGCUCAGCACAUGGCCCUACCUCUGUCCUCCCAGGACAGUUCCCACACUGUUGCUGCUACUGUUUGUGGCAACAGAAACUGAGGUUGGGAAGCUGCUUUUUAAAGUUUUAAAAUUGUUCCAUUCAUCCUGAGCUCUGCUUUGAGUCCAGUUUUAUUAGGUGAACACUGAAGUCAGUGUUCCCCUAGCAGGGAACACUGUAUGGGAAGCAUCCUUGAGAAGGAGCUCCCUUUUCUUAACCCGUACUUUGAUAUCAUCAUUGCAAAUAACUGUCUGCUAAUGACAGAUUGAUCAGGUUUUGUGCCUAGAUAGAGACACUGUAGGCAACUGUUAGUUACAGCACAAGUAUCUUUUUCUGAACAGUUCUUCCAUAUUACUUUUAAAAUACAAUUGAAAGUGCUGUCACUCAGAGCAUUGUGUCUAUUUUAAGUAGGUCUGAGGCUCAGGGAAGCAACGUGUGCAAGAAUAGUUUUCACAAAUAAUCAUGGACAUCGUCAAAACAGCGGGUGUUAAAGCCACAGUGCCUACAUCUGUAAAAUCAGCUGGCAUGGAAAACAUGACCCAAGUAAUUCAGCUCAUUUGCUCUGGUCAGGCAAAAAGCGCCUUUCUUUGAAUGCAUCUACUUUGGAUGUAAACACAUUUAAUGAGCUUGUAACAACUUCCUACAAAGGCUGUUCAUUCCUUCAAUAUGUAAUUUCCACAUUUAAAGGAAGGAACUAAGGAAAAAAAAAAAGUUGUUCUUCAGAAACUGUGGUUGAUUCUGUGUAUGAUUUUAAAACGCUAUGUCUGCUUUCCUACCGUGAGUUUUGAAACCUUGUGCAUUUAAAUGACAGCAGCCACAUCAGCAACACUGAGGACUCCAUCCUCUCCCCCCCCCAAGUUGGACUAAUGCCAAGACAAUCUGAAUUCAUAAAACUGAACUCCUACCACAACUUAUACAAAUUCAGCUUGGUAUGCGCUCACUUUAUGAAACAAACGUCUAGCACAAAACCUUUUCUUCCUCCUUGUGUCUUUAAGGAAGCAAUUUCAAAACAUUGUGUACACAUUAGACUUGGGAGACUAUUAUUUAAGCUAUGAUUUUUUUAAAAUAGAUGGGUUAUUUACAUAUGUGAAGAAACAUGGGUGUCUGAGUAAUCAAACUGGCAUUUAAAUUGCUAGGCAUGUUAGUCAGAAGAAAUGUACAAUACACCUAAUUCUUUCAGACCAAAUAAAAGUUUUUGCCUAUGAGA